AUGGGCACUGCAAAGGCUUCCGAGGUCUUGGAGGCAGCUAUGGAGACGAAGCCACUGCUCCGAGAGGAUGCCCCAAAAGUGAUGCCCAAGGUCUUCUGGAGUGUGGCAUUAAUCGCCUCUUCUGCGGCCUUGAUCAACUACAACAAGUACCUGAUCCAUCCGACACGGUUUCCAUAUCCAGUUGUGCUGGUGUUCCUGCAUAUGCUUGGCGGCUCAAUCCUGAGCUCCUUCCUCCUGCUGACGAACCCAGCCCUCUUCCCUGCUCUGACCGACCCGGACAAGAAGGUCGAUAUCAGCCCCAACUUCCUCACGCGACGUGUUCUGCCUGUCGGGCUCUUGUUCACGACCUCUCUGAUCCUCAGCAACACGGCGUACCAGUACGCGAAUGUUGCCUUCCUCCAGAUGGUGAAGCAGAGCAACGUGAUCAUUGUCUUCGUGUUCUCGUUGGUGCUGGGCCUGGAGCAGUUCCGGCUACGGAUGGCGCUGGUCUUGGUCUGUGUCAUGGUGGCCACCACCUUGACGGUCCAUGGCGAGCUGAACUUCUCGCUGACAGGGUUUCUUGUCCAGCUGUCGUGCAACUUUGCAGAGUCCGCGAAGGUCGUACUGCAAGGCGUCCUCCUGGCCGGUGCAGGCCGUAAGUUGGACCCCCUGUCCUUCGUGGCCACGGUGUCGCCGAUGUGUGCAUGUUGCUUAGGAGGCAUCCUUCUUCUGACGCCACAUGCCCAGGUGCUCUCGUGGAUUGCGCUGCCCUCCUUUGUUACUCUCCAAGCCUGCGGCUUCCUUCUGGCAGGCAACAUCUUGUGCGCGUUCGUGCUGAACUUGGUCAUCGCGAACUACCUGAAGCACGGGUCUCCCCUGGCUUUCUUGCUGACGAACCUCGUGAAGGAUGCCAUGAUCGUAAUCGUGAGCAUGGCCGCCUUCGGAGAUCACGUCAGCCUGCUUCAGACAUGCGCCUUCAGUGCCCAGCUGACCUUCAUCGCGCUCUGGUCCUUCAUGUGCCUUGGGCGUUUCCUCCGCGUCCCGCGUAGCGUCGUGAAGCUGCAGUACAUUGUCGAGUUUACGAAUCCGGCAACGGUGUUUGACCAGCAGUUUGCCUGUGCAGAGCAGGGUAUUCUGCAAAGCUACAUGUGGCUUUCGCUCCUGACGGUGCUCAUGGGCCCCAGCGUGUUCUCAGCGCUGAGGACUUUGCAGCGGCGGCAGGCCCACAAUGAUUUGAGCGCGCUGUUCUUCACCGCCACCGCAUUCUUCGGAGUUCGCGUCUGGCUCUUCACAGUGCACUUGCUGGUGUACUCCCGCAAUGGAAUGGGUCUGGGAAUGCUGCUCUUCGUAGCCCAAUUCUUGGACUUCCUGUCCACUACGAUGGCUAUGGUGGUGCUAGUGGCCCUCGUGCACGGGGUGUACAUCGUGAGGCCCUGCGUUCCCGUCGGCUCCGCCGAGCGAACAGCGCUGAUCCGGGUCGGCCGACAUAGUCUUCCAGCGGAGGUGUGA